AUGAGACUGUCUCCUCCCACUGUGGUGCAGUCAUCUAGAAAUUACCAGAGAGAGGAGCAGCCUAUUGACCUGCACACUACAAAGACCAAACAAAUGGCGACUGACCACUUGCAGGACUUUGCACAGCAAAGGUCCUCAAUGCAGCCCUUAGCGUUUGGCAUAUGUGUGGAUCACCAGAACUCUACCUUCAGAGGUUUGAGUCGUCUUCACUUUGACCAGACUUACCUGGAGCCAGUCUACAGCCACUUCUCCCACCUGCCUUUUCCAGGACACCUGGGCAUGUACGACUUCCCCAUCGAGCCAACGUUUCUCCGUAAACGUAACGAGCGUGAGCGGCAGAGGGUUCGCUGUGUGAACGAGGGAUACGCCAGGCUCAGAGAACACCUACCUCCGGAGUUUGAGGAUAAAAGACUAAGCAAGGUGGAAACUCUACGGGCAGCCAUCAGCUACAUCAAGCACCUACAGAAUCUUCUGGAACUGAGGAUUCCCGAUGCUGUGAUGGAACUGUCACCCAGCAGCAAGAGAGACACUGCAAAUGUGAUCCAAAUGACAGAAUGUAACAGUGAUGGAGAGUCCAAACACAGCCUGAGUGACAGUGGGGAGCAAUGCUACUGA